UCCAUGUCUUUCUCUCUCUCUCUCUCUCUCUCUCUCUCUCUCUCUCUCUCUCUUCACCACUGGUAGACGCAAGCACCGAUGGCUGAAGUGAUAAUAGCAGGCUGGUUCGUGUCUCUGGCCAUCACCAAAGUGGCGGACAUAAUCAAAUUCUACAUAAACAACCAGAUAGAGUACCGGAAGGGCAAGCAGUUCAAGCUACGACAAUUGGAGAGGCACCUCCGAAAGAUUGAGGCGGCCAUCUUCGAAGUUGGCAAGAGGCGGAUCACGAACCCGAGCUUGGAAGCCUGGCUUUGGGACGUCCAGGAUGCUGCUUGCUCUGUGCACGAGGUUAUCGAUAUAUUCCAUUACAAGUUACUCAAAGAGAAAGCCAAAAGCAAGAACAAGGUCAGUAGAGUUGCAUUCUAUGCUCAAAAAAUAGGAGAUGACGCUAAAGAUAUGUUCAUGAAAUUUGCUUUUGCUUCUGAAAGAACUUCAAAGUUAAACAUGGCUGUCGAAACAUCCGCUAAACUAGUUGAUGGAAUCAGUAUACUUGUUAAAGUAGCAGAGUUCCAUGUAGCCACUAACAAGCAACAUGAAGUCGCCAUCCCCGAUUGGCGACGAACAACCACCACUCCCCCAGCCAAGUCCUACUCUGUUAGAGGAAGAAAACAUGACAUGGAGAGGCUACUGAACAUGCUAGGUGAUGAAUCAGGCGACGCCAACUACUCAGUUGUGGCUAUCGUAGGACCCGGUGGGAUAGGGAAGACACACCUUGCUAGGCUCGCCUAUAACAUUGUAAAAGAGGGGACAGAAGAAAAGAAGUUGGAUGUCAUGGCAUGGGUGUGUGCGAGCAACGAUUUUGAUGUUAAGAGGCUUUCCAUAGAGAUGAUAGAAUCUGCCGGUUUUGAUAGACCCAGCGAUCUGCAUAGCAUUAGCAAUCUGGAAGAGAUUCAGAACAUUAUUCGUGACGGGCUGAUGGGCAAAAGGUUUUUGAUUGUAUUGGACGACGUGUGGGAGGAAUCCAAUACUAUUUGGGAGAACCUUUGCGUCCCAUUUAAUUCUGGAGGAAAGGGAAGCAAGAUCGUAGUGACGACCACCAACCAGAACGUCGCAAAGAUGAUGCGGACCAAAGGAACUAUACAUCUUGAUGGUUUAAAGAAAAAGGAGUGCUGGGAAUUAUUCAGAGAAUGCGCGCUUGGUGAUCAAAACCGUAGCGAUCAUCAAAAGUUGGAGUACGUAGGCAGGAAAAUAGCGAAGAAGUUGGGGGGAUCGCCGCUAGCAGCGCUGACCGUAGGGCGUGCUUUAGAGUCCAAGUUAGAGGAAGAACACUGGAGAAGAAUCUUACGUAAAAGAAUUUGUGAUGUCAAACAAACCGAGGGUGACAUUGCGCCGGUGCUGAGGUUGAGUUAUGAAGACCUACCCGCCCACCUAAAGCAGUGCUAUCUUUCUUGCUCAUUGUUCCCGAGGAAGCACUGCUUCGAGAAAGACGAGCUGCUAAGAAUUUGGAUGGCCCUAGGCUUCGUUCAGGGCGAUGACUGGAACAACCGAAUGGAGGACGUCGGCGAGGAGUCGAUCGAAGAGCUGUCGUGCAGAUCCUUUUUCGUGAAUGCGAAGACAGGGCAAAACAAGUUUGAGCUUCACCCUAUCCUGCACGAGUUUGCAGAAAGUGUUUCCGACGGUGAGUACUUCAGACUCGAGGGUAUCAAAUCUGGUGAGCCAAUUAGAAUCCCGAACAAGGCCCGCCAUGUCUAUGUUGCUGCUGAUGAUCUCGUUACGGUUGCUGAAACUUUGUGCGAGAGGAAAGACAUCCGCAGCCUUGUGGUCGUUGGCGAUCUGUCGGGCACUGGUGAGGAGACCAGGUCUAAAUAUGAUAAAUCUCUUAAAGAGGUUUUGGAGAGUUUGAAAAGCUUACGUUUAUUGGUGCUUUCUGUGAUUGGAAGAGGCUUACCAGAGGCUAUUGGUAAAUUGAAACACCUUCGGUACCUUGAGCUGCCUGGGAACGCCAUCACGGAGUGGCCCAAGUCAUUCUGCAAGCUCUACCAUCUGCAGUGGUUGAUUCUGAGGAUGCAUUCCAAGAGUGUUUCGCUGCCAGAUGACAUGAACAAGCUAAGCAACCUACGUUGUGUGGAUGCAGAUAGCGAAGCAAUUACGGCCCUUCCAUGGAUUGGCAAUCUAAUUUAUCUUCAAGAAUUAAAGGACUAUCGCAUCCAACACAAAAAGGAAGGAUUCGAUAUAGGGCAAUUGAAGUAUAUGAAUCAGCUCCGCAGACUCUGCAUCAGAGGUCUCCAGCAUGUAGACAGCAAGGAGAAGGCAGAAGAGGCCAUGUUGGAGGACAAGGAAUACCUCAUCUGGUUGGAACUGUGCUGGAGCAAUGAAGGGAAACCGAUCACUCCCACUAAAUGCGAAGAUGCUAUUGGAGGACUCCGACCGCAUCCAGAUCUUAGAAAUCUGAAGAUUAAUGGCUACAAGGGUCGCCGACAUCCGUGUUGGAUGGAGAACAAAUAUUUGCUGGGAUUAGAGAGGUUAGAGAUGUGGUCUUGCCAUCAAUUGACAUCCCUCCCCCCUCUCGGAGAGCUUCCUUUUCUCAGGGUUCUGCACCUAAGGCGUAUGGAUUCGGUGGAAGAGGUGGGUGCUGAGUUUUAUGGCAGCACAGAUGCACCAUUCCCAUCGUUGGAGGAGCUUUUGUUUGAUACGCUGAACGAAUGGAAGAAGUGGGACAACGGGGCGAAGCAAUGUCGUAAAGUAUUCCCUCGUCUUCGCAAGCUCGCCAUCGGAAACUGUCGCAGUUUAACAGGACCGAUAGCCCUCCCUUCAUCACUCGAGGAGCUUCUUGUCCGAUGCUUUGCAGGUGGCGACUCGUUCGACUUGCUGGAGGACGAGGCCUCAACAUCAACGUUGAUACUUCACAUUGAUAAGCUCGCGCUUCUCCAGAGCAGCCUCCAGGAAGGACACCUCGCUUCGCUUCGUCGAUUGGAGAUUCGCGACAGCCUUGAUCUCGAAGCAUUUACUCGAGGGCUGGAGAAGCGGCUGGAUCAUCUUGCGUCUCUCGAACAACUGCGUCUCACUCGAGUAUACCGCCUGCAACGCCUUCCUCAUCUACUGGUCACCCUUCCAAGCCUCAAGAGCCUGCACAUAGUGAAUUGCCCUGAUAUCAAGAUGCUGCCGGAGGGAAAGCUACCUAGUAAUUUAGUAGAUUUGCAAAUCAAUGGGUGUCCAAAGCUCGAGCAGCGAUACAGGUGGUCGACCGCCCCUGAAGGGUGUACAAUCCAGGCCAAAAAUGAUGAUGAACCGUUGCAGUUGAGGACACCUUAAAAGAGCGAGAAGGCAGAUGCCAAGACUAUGGUAGGUGCCGCAGGCAAGGUUCCAAGAGUCGAACAUGGCCGAGACAAAAGAAGAGGCAGAGGAAGAACGAGGGUGCCACGCUCACUUGAUUUCCGAUCGUUCUCCGGUUGUGUUGUUUAUGACUCAUUCUGAUCUGUCCAAAUAAAUCUGCUGGUGGUGUAGCUGUGGUUGCGUUCAAGAAUAAGGGCUUUUUCCUUUGCUCAGGAAGGUCAACACUGUGCUUGUUCCUUUGUUCCUCCGGAUUUAUGCUACCGUAGAACUGUGAAAUAAUAUGAAUGGCAUUACCUCUUC